AGCCAUCUUACUAUCCUUCAAGCGUCAAAUGUGAUAGUUGGAGGCAGUGGUUGGAGGCAUGUCGUGUUCUGUACUUUCCUGUCAGAACUACCGCGGUAGGAACCGUGAGAGUCGCAAAGGGAAGUCGACGACUUAUCACUCGUUUCCACGAAGUCGACCAGAGAUCUAUCAACAGUGGGUGACCAAUGUCCGGAGAGGAACCUGGCAGCCGUCCGUGAACAAUGUGGUUUGCUCGGACCAUUUUGAAGAAGACUGCUUCGACAGGACUGGACAAACCGUGCGCUUGAGAGCGGAUGCUAUCCCCACGAAAAACCUGGGCAGGGUAAUAUAUCUUUUGGCUUUAGAAAAUGCGGUCAAUGUAUCCAUAGCCAUAGACUGUACAUGGCUUGCAUUCACGUCACAUCAGCCGCCGUUGCUCCGUGCCAUGCUCCUUUGCCUGUACCUUCCGAAACAUCUUAUGUUGGUCCCCUCUUCGCAGCUUCUGUCUUGGGUUUUAGAAAUGUGUAUCUGUAUAGAACAGUGGGUCUCAACCAUUGAUGAUUUGCGGACCCCUUGUAGAUAGGCGGAGAUGAUGGAGGACCUCACUCUGGGUGAGGGAAAUAUAAAGGUAUAGGUUAAUCAUGAUAAUGAUUUAUUAAAUGAAUAAAACUAAUUGCUAGUGUGAAGUAGACUUAUCCCAUUGACAAA